ACAGUGUUAUUUGCAACCCACAAGAGAGCUCUGCAGGGACUCUCUUGUUUUGUUCUUCCAUUUCCUCAUACCCCUCUCAUUUCCAAAGCUGAAACUUUAUUUUGGGGAGAAAGUGGAGUUGCUAGCAGAGGAUAGAAGAUGAAGGGAAGAGGUGUUUCCAGUAAAGGGGCACGUAAGAAUGAAUGCAGUGAGUUUCCCAAACCGGUGAAAGGCAGCCCUUAUAUCUGCAGAGAUGAUUACAAACCUGUCUGUGGCACUAAUGAUGUGACCUAUCCCAACAAAUGUGAGCUCUGUGCAGCAAGAAGGGAAACAGGGAAGGACAUUGGUAUAAAACAUAACGGAGAGUGUAAAGGAAAGCCGAAUAUCUGCAGUCAGUUUCCUGAACCAGAGAAGGGCAAACCACCUCUGUGCACCGAUGACUACCACCCUGUCUGUGGUACCAAUGGAGUGACCUAUCCAAACAAAUGUGGCUUCUGUGCAGCAAGGAGGGAAAGUGAAGGCCCUCUUGACAUAGAGAAUGAAGGAGAAUGUGAGAAAAAGGAUGAGUGCAGUAAUUUUCCAGUGCCACCCAAGGGCCAGCUUGCUGCAUGUACUCUUGAGUUUGCACCUAUUUGUGGCAGUGAUGGUGUGACAUAUGGCAACUUGUGUACUUUUUGUGCUGCAAAAAGGCAAAGUGGAAAUACUAUCACAAUAAACAACCAUGGUGAAUGUGAGAAAAAGGACGAGUGCAGUAAGUUCCCAGUCCCACCCAAGGGCCUGCCUGCUGCAUGUACAUUCGAAUUAGCACCUGUCUGCGGUAGCGAUGGUGUGACAUAUCCAAACAAAUGUACAUUUUGUGCUGUCAAAAGGCAAAGUGGAAACAAUAUCACAAUAAAUAAUGAAGGUGAAUGUGAGCAAAAGCCCGAUAUCUGCAGCCAGUACCCGGAACCAGAGAAGGGCAAACCACCUGGAUGCACCAAGGAGUACCAUCCUGUCUGCGGUACUGAUGGUGUGACUUAUUCAAACAAAUGUUUGUUCUGUGCAGCAAGGAGGGAAAGUGAAGGCCCCCUUGAGAUACAGAAUGAAGGAGAAUGUGAGAAAAAGGAUGAGUGCAGUAAGUUCCCAGUGCCAAAUGAGGGCCAGCUUGCUCUAUGUACACUCGAGUUUGCACCUGUUUGUGGCAGUGAUGGUGUGACAUAUGACAACUUGUGUGCUUUUUGCAAUGCAAGAAGGCAAAGUGGAAAUACUAUCACAAUAAACAACCAUGGUGAAUGUGAGCAAAAGGAUGAGUGCAGUAAGUUCCCAGCACCACCCAAGGGCCAGCUUGCCGCAUGCACACUCGAGUUUCCACCUAUUUGUGGCAGUGAUGGUGUGACGUAUAGUAACUUAUGUUCUUUUUGUGCUGCAAAAAGGCGAAGUGGAAACAAUAUCAUGAUAAACAACCAUGGUAAAUGUGAGCUAAAGGAUGAGUGCAGUAAGUUCCCAGUACCACCCAAGGGCCAGCUACCUGCAUGCACACGUGAGCUAGCGCCUGUCUGCGCCAGCAAUGGUGUGACAUAUAAUAACCUGUGUUUAUUUUGUGCUGCCAAAAGGGAGAGCAGAGGUAGUCUAACCAUAAAGCAAAAGGGCAAAUGACAGGAGACAGUGGAAAGCAGGAAGCAUUACUCUUAAAAUGAAGAAAGAUAUUCCGCACAAAGAUACUGCAUCAUUAUUGUCAAAUUUAAAGAAAAGGUUUUCUUGA